AUGGAAGACGACAAGCGUCUUCAGAGUUUUGAUACGUCAGGCCCAGCUUCCCAGGUGUCCAUCCGUUGGCGGAAGUGGGUGAAGUCUUUUGAGUAUUAUUUAGUGGGCAAGGACAUUUCGAACAAGAAGCGCUCAAGAGCAUUGCUGUUGCACUUUGCGGGACCACAGGUUCAAGAUAUUAUUGAUGACCUACUUGACCCUGACGAUGCUCUGCCAGAGGAGCAGAAGACCCCGAAUGAUAACGAGUACCUGAAAUGUAAGCGAAUUUUGGACGCGCAUUUCGCAGCCCCAGCAAACCCUACCUACGAAAGGCAUGUGUUUCACCAGCUGGUUCCGCAAGCAGAAGAGAGUACGGCGCAUUUCUGCAGCCGUUUGCGGCAGCAGGCUAGAUUAUGUUCCUUUGAGAACACUCGCCAGACCAAUGAGGCAGUCCGAGACCAAAUCGUAGCAACGGUGAGGAAUGUUGACUUGAAGAAAAAAUUAUUGUCUGAGCCGUCGUUGUCAGUCGAUCGAGCAUUGGAGCUCUGUCGCGUCUGGGAGGAUGCACAGUCACAGUCUCAGAUGAUGACUAGUCGUACUGUUUCUGCUGGAGCUGGAGCAUCGGAGUCCGCGAGUGAUCAUGCUGUCAGUGCAGUUACGUCCAGGAGAGGCCAGCACCAGGGCCAGGCCAGGGGCCAAGGCAGACACCACCCAGCUGCUGGUACACGUGUCAGUUGUUACAGCUGCGGUCGCAAGGGACACAAAUCCGGAGAUGCUUCAUGUCCAGCUAAGGGACAGGCAUGCAGGAAGUGUGGCAAGACAGGUCAUUUCGCUAAGUGCUGCAAGUCAGGAUCAGCGUCGCAGACUGCCGCCCAUCAUGUGCGCGAAGUCACGGACUACGAGGUGUCUGAUAGUUUUCGUGUUGGCCAAGUGUCAGCUGGGAAGCCAACAUCGAACAUGCUAAUCACCACAGUGCAGAUCAACGGUACUCCAUUGGAUUUGGAGGUGGACACCGGAUCCAUGUACACUUUGGUGCCGCAAGACGUAUGGGAGCAACAUUGGACACAUGUUGCCUUGCGUGAAUGUUCUGUGCGACGGAAGACCUACAAUGGUUCAGUCCUGCCGAUUGUUGGCGAAGCAGAUGUUGAUGUACGCUACAGCGCGCAGAAUGUUCGUGCGCGGGUCAUCGUAGUACGUGAAGGCAGCCAUCCGCUGCUGGGACGCGACUGGCUAUCACAGUUGAGACUUGACUGGCAGAGUAUGUUCAACCGGGUGAACGCCACUGCAGCGAGUGAGCCAGCAGCAGAGGAUGCGUACCCUGAAGUAUUUUGUGAUGGUCUGGGCAAAGUGAGUGAUCGUGAAGCUGAGAUCUACCUGAACGACGGUGCCACUCCCAAGUGCUGCAACCCCAGACCCGUGCCAUUUGCUUUGCGUCCUGCUGUCAAUAAGGAACUUGACAGGCUGGAGCAAGAAGGCAUUAUCAAGCCCGUCAAGUCAGCAGAGUGGGCCUCACCUAUUGUGAUUGUCAGGAAGCAGAAUCGGGACAUUCGCAUGUGCGCGGACUUCAAGGUCACGAUCAACCCGCACAUCAACUCCAAGCUUCACCCGAUCCCAAAUCUGAACGACCUGUUGUCGCAGAUAGCUGGAGGAUCAGUGUUUACGAAGCUGGAUCUUAGCCAAGCUUAUGCGCAACUACCGCUGUCGGAACGCAGUCAGAAGUAUUGCGUCAUCACAACACAUCGAGGUCUCUACGCAUUCCAGCGCCUUCCGUUUGGCGUGUCCAGUGCCCCAGCAAUUUGGCAGAAGACAAUGGAUGAGAUUCUGCACGACAUUCCUGGUGUCGUCUGCUUCUAUGAUGAUAUUCUCAUCACUGGGUGCGAUGUCGAAGAGCACGACCGGCGACUCAAGUUGGUGCUAGCGUGGCUAGCAGAGCGUGGUGUGCGUCUUCGCAAGCAGAAGUGUACCCGUGUGGAUCGUGUACGCUACUUGGGCUACAGCAUCAGCCGGAACGGUCUCGAGCCCAAUCAGGACAAGGUCGAGGCUAUCCUGAAGGCGUCAGCACCGAAGAAUGUUCAAGCGUUGCAGUCAUUCCUAGGCUGUGUCAACUUCUACAACCGCUUUCUACCCGACAUGUCCAGUGUUCUGAAGCCGCUCAACAACUUGCUCCGCAAAGGUGUUCCGUGGAACUGGACAGAUGAGUGUGAGAAGUCAUUCGCUGAGCGUUGGGCUGUCAUUCUUAGCGAGUAUGAUUAUGUGUUUGAGCACAUUUCUGGUAGUAGCAAUGCUGUCGCAGAUUGCUUGUCACGCCUGCCUAUGGAGCUGACAGCCGCACAAGAGAGUGCAAUUGUCAGUGCUGUCAACGAGCAUGCCCAUGAUCCUACUGAGGAUUUGCCAAUUGAUGCUAGUGAUGUUGCAGAUGCUAGCAAGCAGGACAGUGAGAUUGCUCCAGUACUGCAGUACCUACAGUUCGGAUGGCCAGCUGAGAUCAGCGAGGCUACGCGACCAUACUACAAGAUUCGUCAUGAGCUGACCCUAGAGUCGGGCUGUGUAGUUCGUGGUGGCCGUACCGUCAUCCCAGUAGUGUUUCGCCGUUUGCUGCUAAAUGAGAUGCAUUCUGUCCAUAUUGGCAUUGUCAGAAUGAAGGCAGUAGCACGCAGCUUUGUUUGGUGUACACCGCCGUACCACCCAGCCGUACCACCCAGCUAG